AGGCGGCGGGAGCGCACGGCGGAGCGGCUCUGCUCCGCCGGGCUGGGCUGCUGCGCUCCGCGGGCUGCGCUCGGGCCAUGCCUGCCGGGCUCCCCGGGGCCGGGCCGCCCCGCUCCGCGCCGCCGCGGGGGCCCGGCGCUCCGCCGGCCGCGGGGGCAUGAGGCGGCGGGCGGCGGGCGGCGGCGCCGGCCCUUCCCCUGCGAGCCGCCGCCGGAGGAUGAAGCAGCAUGAGGAUGUGUGACAGAGGCGUCCAGAUGCUCGUCACCACGGUGGGAGCCUUCGCAGCCUUCAGCCUGAUGACCAUCGCCGUGGGCACUGACUACUGGCUCUACUCGCGCGGCGUGUGUAGGACUAAGUCCACGAGCGACAACGACACGAGCCGCAAGAACGAGGAGGUGAUGACCCACUCGGGGCUUUGGAGGACGUGCUGCCUGGAAGGAACCUUCCGAGGAGUGUGCAAGAAAAUCGACCACUUCCCCGAGGAUGCAGACUACGAGCAAGACACCGCUGAGUAUCUCCUCCGUGCGGUGAGAGCGUCCAGCAUCUUCCCCAUCCUCAGUGUGGGGCUGCUGUUCUUCGGGGGUCUGUGCGUGGCCGCCAGCGAGUUCUACAAGAGCAAACACAACGUCAUCCUCAGCGCCGGCAUCUUCUUCGUCUCUGCAGGUCUCAGCAACAUCAUCGGGAUCAUCGUCUACAUCUCAGCCAACGCGGGGGACCCGGGCCAGAGCGACUCCAAGAAGAGCUACUCCUACGGCUGGUCCUUCUACUUCGGAGCCCUGUCCUUCAUCAUCGCUGAGAUGGUGGGGGUGAUUGCCGUGCACAUGUACAUCGAGAAGCACCGCCAGAUCCGCGCCAGGUCCCACUCAGAGCUGCUGAAGAAGUCGGCCUUCACCCGCCUCCCCCCCUACAGCGUUAGAUCAUCGUGGGAGCACUGUAAACACUGCAAAACCAACAGGAGCGUGGGGGCUCUUCUGGCCAGAGAAGAAGACUUUGGGUGAUUCGGUCUUUGCCCGUGGAAUGAUCCCACAGACAGGAGGAACUGGGACCAUCCAUCCCAACUGGCACCACGGCCAACGUGCCUGCUGAGGUCGGUGUCUGUGUGCCAGUGCCAGGUACAGCAGUGGUCGCCACCGUGGGUCACUCACAGCUCACCAGGGGUGACACAGGAGUGGGCAUGGAGGGGACACACGACUGGGGGCUGCCCCUGGAGGGCCAGGUCCAGCCCUGCAGACACAGAGGGACCCAGCUCUAGCUGUGGGAAGGGGGGAUGGCUGCCAGUCCUGCCUGGGGCGUUGGUUUGCUGGGCGCUGUGGGCUGCCUUCCCCGCCUGCCUCCCAAGGGAGGGUUUGAUUGCUGUGUUGGGGCUGUGAUGACAAGCCUGGCGGUGAGGCGCUGUCAGCCCGCAGGAGCUGGCACUGGCACAGAGCCCACCGAGGGGAGGUGGCAACUGGGUCCUGGCUGCAGCUCAGAGCUCUGCUUUUCACCCUUCCUCCCCUAAUUCCACAUCAGGACAAGCACGCAGCCCUCACCAUGGUUUGCUGCAAAGGAAGCUCCCCAGUCCCUAUUCCUGCAGACCUUUGGCUGUUCCUUCCUCGACAUCAUCCCUUGUCCUUUGUCCUUUCUGGCUUUCAUUUUCUGGGGGUUUUUAGAGUUUGCCAUAGUUUGUGAGAGCCUGGGUAAGGCCAAGUCGUUUAUAUCUCGUGUUUAUUAUUUACUUGAUGGACAGUAAUGGCUUCUGAGGUGCCAUUACUAUAUGUCAUCUAAAUCCAAACGCUGAGGUGCUGUAAAGGGCAGCCUUUCACUUGGGGCUGGAAUAGCUUCUCCAGCAUCGUUAUCCUCUGCCACGACUGCUUGCACACCCAUAAAUCUCUGACCGACCCAGCUCUCAAGAGCCCCCCAGAAAAUCUUCAACAUGUAAGACCUUCCCCUGCUCUUUGCUAAUAAACUCCAGUCCCUCUGCCAGUACCUCCAGGCAGUCACUAGAGGAGAAAAUCCUCCUUGACCCUGAGCUGGUGCUGGAGAAGGUCAGCAGGAGCUGGGCGUGUUUGGGGAAGGGGGACCGGUGCUCUGUGGCCGUGGCUGCAGCUCUGGGGCUGAUCCAGAGCUGGGGGAGCUCCAAGGGGUGCCCUGGGAAACAGUGAUGCAGGUAAGUGCAAUUAGCAAUUAAUCACUGCAGGUUCUAAUUGUUUGCUCCUGGCCUUCCAGUACCUGAAGGGAGCCUGCAAGAAAGAUGGAGAGGAACUUUUUACAAGAGCAUGUAGUGACAAGAGGAGAGGGAAAGGCUUCAAACUGUCAGAGAGUAGGUUUAGAUGGAAUAUUAGGAAAUAAUUCUCCCCUGUGAGGGUGGGGAGGCCCUGGCACAGGUUGCCCAGAGAAGCUGUGGCUGCCCCAUCCCUGCAAGUGUCCAAGGCCAGGCUGAACAGGGCUUGGAGCAACCUGGGCUAGUGGAAGGUGUCCCUGCUGUGCUACUGCUCUCACUUUGCUGAAUUAAAGUUUCAGCUUCUUUAAUAACCUGCAGGUCCGCUGGAAAACUGCGAUGAGUGGCAUCAAGAAGCAACUCGGUAAGUUUAUUUUGAUGAAAUACAAUAAUUAUCAUGCUUAGCAGCUGUUGCUAUUUAAAAUAAGAAAAAACGGGGCUUGCAUUGAAAAUGUUUUGUAAACCAUGUGCACCAACAAUCUGUUCCAAUGAAACCAGCCAUUAUGGAAA